GAAUGUCUCCGCUAAGGCCGUCGUGGUAGAAGAUCCUAAGACCACUGGCGAGGGAGAGAUGACAACUACUGCUUCUGUUGUAGCAGACGUGGUCAAGACAGAUACAACCAAACCGGGCCCGAAGCGUCCUUCUCGUCAGAGGAGUGUCCGUGUCCUAUCCGCAGAAGAGAUGCUUGAGGCUGAGCAGAAGAGGAAAGAGGCACAGACUGCAAGAAAUCAACGACGUUGACGAGGUAACUGUAACUCAUGAUUUAUGACUGGUUGUAGCUUCCGCAGUGGUCGUUACAAACAUCAUAACGACUAUUGUUGUGCUCAAUGGUCAAUGGGUCAAUGGUCAACAUGAUUGAUGUUGUGGUCAAAAACACCUUCUUCCUGCAACUUGCAGUACCACUUCUGGUCUUUGAAUCUUUUGCUUG